CUCACUGACGUGAAUCGCAGUCCGGAAAAAGUCAUGUUGUUGUUCAUCACUUGUUUCGCGCUCGUCGCCUCCGCGCUGGGGUGUGGACGGCCUUCGAUCUCUCCCCAAGUCAACGGCUACAACAAGAUCGUAAACGGAGAGAACGCCGUGCCGGGGUCCUGGCCUUGGCAGGUCUCGCUUCAGGAUGGGAGAGGAUUCCACUUCUGCGGCGGAUCUCUGAUUAACGAGAACUGGGUCGUCACCGCGGCUCACUGCCGCGUAUCCCCCAGAAGCCACCGCGUGAUCCUUGGUGAGCACGAUCGUCAGUCCAAUGCCGAGAAACUUCAGGUCAAGACCAUCUCCAGGGCCAUCUCUCAUCCCUACUACAACACCAGGAACUUCAACAACGACAUCACCCUUCUGAAGCUCUCCUCUCCGGUUCAGAUGAGCGGGACCGUGGCCCCCGUGUGCCUGGCAAGCGGGAGCGCCAACGUCCCCACCGGAACCAGAUGCGUCACCACCGGAUGGGGCAGGACCGGCCAAACCUCGACCCCUCGAUACCUGCAGCAGACGUCCUUGCCGAUCCUCAGCCCGACUCAGUGCAAGCAGUACUGGGGUUACAACAGGAUCACUGAUGCGAUGAUCUGUGCUGGUGCUUCUGGAGUCUCCUCAUGCCAGGGUGAUUCCGGUGGUCCCCUGGUGUGCCAGAGCGGCGGCGCUUGGAACCUGGUGGGCAUCGUGUCCUGGGGCACUUCCAACUGCAACGUGCGGACCCCUGCCGUCUACGCCCGGGUCUCCUACCUGCGCAGUUGGAUUGACAGGACCAUCGCCUCCAAUUGAAUCCUGAACCAUUCCUCCAAACUGACACCACGAUGCCCCCGUCCGAUUCUCGCGCUGGCGGUCGUCGCUUAUUUCAACUGAACUGGAAUCGUACCAAAUACUUUCUGUCCAUAAAAUACAGUCUCAAGUUUCGCACGUGUCUCACAUUUCCUGCGUGCCUAAUUAUCUGAUUGGUGGCACAUAAAGUUUAUUCAUGCAGCACGUUUUUACUUGCUUUUUAUCAAUUGAACCAAUCAUGAAGAAACACCCGAGAGCAGGGGUCACCAACGCCAUGCCCGCGAGGACCGCUUAAAGUGCCCGCGAGGCAUGUUCUCAAAAUAGCACGUCACAAUUUGGAAUUCCUAUGAUUAUCAAUUUGGCUUCAAAUUUGGAAUCUGACUUGCUUAAAUUAAUGACAUUUAAAAUAUAAUGUAUAAUAUAAAGUCUUUAUAUUCGUGUAAAGCACAAGGAGUUCCGUUAUUUUGCAAGUUUGUCAAACAGAUCAUGUCACCCUUCAUAUGAUCGGUGCUAACGAAGUAGCCCUCAGCCUCAAAAAGGUUGGUGACCCCCGUCCUAGAGUUUUGAUGCACAAUAACAUUAUUUAUCUUGAAAGUUGUACUCAAAUGUUUACCCCAACAUUUAUUAAGGUGACUUUAAAGGGCCACUGUUAAGAAAUGCAUGAUUUUUAGUAUGUUAUGAAUGGAAAAAACCACCAUAAAA